AUGGCCAUGGACAUGGACAUGGAGAAGAAGGGCGAGCACGAGCUCAAUGUCUCUGCGGUGGAGCAAGACGACCCCGUCAAACCACGGGGAUUCUUUGCGAAGAUGCGCUACUAUGAGGAUAUGCUGGACCGCAAGAUGGGCGUUGAAUCGCAUAGUCUUGACCGUGUCCAUCCUGAGAACCGCCAGUCGCCGAGUUCAGUCGUGAUGGCGUUUAUGUGGGCGUCUGCGACGAUGAAUAUCAGUUGUUUCAGUACCGGCUUCCUGGGAAGGGAAUUUGGUCUUUCGCUGGGGCAGACUAUUCCUAUUGUGAUUUUUUCGACAUUGCUAGGUGCCAUGGUGACAGGCUGGUGCGCAACCAUGGGGCCGGGCAUGGGUCUCCGCCAGGUAGCAAUCGCCAGAUACUCAUUUGGCUACUACCCAGCCUCGAUCAUCGCCCUGCUCAACGUGAUCGAGCAGCUAGGCUGGGCCUCUGUGAACUGCAUCACAGGCGGGCUAGCCCUAAGCGCUGUCUCAGACGGACAUGUCUCCAUCGCCGUCGGCGUGGUCAUCAUCGCCUGCGUGAGUCUGUUGUUCAGCUUUGUCGGAUUGCGCGGCGUCCUGCUGUAUGAGAAGUACGCCUGGAUCUUGUUUUUCAUUAUCUUUAUGAUUAUCUACGGUGAAGCUGCGCAUCGUGCGGAUUUGUCCCCGCCACCCACGACUUUCACGGGCCUCACUCGCUCUGGCAAUGUGCUCAGUUUGAUGAGUGUGAUGUAUGGAUCGAGUGCUUCGUGGAGUUCGAUUGUCUCGGACUUUUACGUGCAUUAUCCAGUCAACACCCCGAAGAUCAAGAUCUUCUUGUACACCACGCUUGGUAUUACCAUCCCGACUUGCAUUGGCAUGUUGCUCGGUGCUUGUAUUAGCUCCGCGCUGGACACCAAUCCCGAAUGGAGCGCUGCGUAUGACGGGGGCAUCGGUGAGAUCUUGAGAGAGAUCAUUUACCCGGAUGGAUUUGCCAAGUUCCUCCUGGUCCUGCUGGUUCUGUCUGGAAUCGGCGUCAAUGUCAUCGCAAUCUACUCGGGUGCCCUCUCGGCCCAGCUAUUCGCCAAACCCUGCGCCAAAGUCCCACGGGUACUCUGGUCAAUCUUAGUGUUCGGCUGUGUGCUUGCCCUCGGCAUCGCAGGCCGGAACCAACUCCUCAACGUGCUCGAGAAUUUCCUCUCCCUACUCGGCUAUUGGAAUACCUCCUUCUUCGCCAUUCUGUUCAUUGAGCAUUACUAUUUCCGCAAAGGAAAUUUGGCCAACUAUGAUCUCGAUGCGUGGGAUACCCCUUCCCGCAUGCCAGUCGGGUAUGCCGGUCUGGCGGCAUUCCUUUGUGGUGCUGCUGGCUGGAUUGUGGGCAUGGUGGAGACGUACUAUGUUGGUGCGCUUGCUGCUAUGAUUGGGGAGGAUGGCGGUGACAUUGCUAACGAGUUGGCGCUGGUGUUUACUUCGGUUUCUUAUCUGCCGUUGAGGAUACUGGAGCUGAAGUAUGUGGGACGCUGA